UUAUCUUUUCGAUUCAUUCGCGUGGUUCCUAACCGUUUCUAACUUUCUUGGCUGUUUUUCUUCACAGUUCUUCUGAUUUUCCCUUUGAUUGGCAUCGAUGUCAUGAUUUAUUCCGGGCUGCAAAGUGCCGUUGUGACCGGGCCAUUUAAAUUUGUCCUAUUGAUCUUAUAGCUUCGUCGAAAACUUGUGAGCGAUAACAAACUGUCAUCAAUCAGUCUGCUUUCAUCUGGCGGAUUCUAACGUUGCUUUCAGUUGUUGACUCCAUCUUCCCUGACUUCCGGACGAAGUCAGGGCUCCCGUUUCGAUUAUGGCUGGCGAACCAGGAAGGCGUAAAAGACACCAUUCAGCUACUAGCAGUGAUGAUAUUAUUUUCGACGCAGCUUCACUAAAAAAGCCUGCACAUGCCUUCUCACCCACGUCGAAGUCGUCACGCAUAAACUCGAAAUCUGGAUCUGGUUACGGUCGACAGAAGUUAUCACGCACGCUGUUCGAUCUGGAAGAAGACUUAGCCAUUAUCAAAUUUGUGGCCACCAAUGAUAAUGUGGGUGGAGAGAAACAUACCGGCGUGAAUUUUGCUCGCGAGUUGUGUAGGAAGUAUCCAAAGAUUGGAAAACGUCACACACUCACCAGUAUCACAUCGCGGCUGGUGUUGAUAAGAAAGAAUAUCAAUAAUUAUGACGUGCCGACAGAAUAUAAAUACGCCCUGACCAAAGACGCGGUUUACGAAGUGAUGCAGAAGGACAAGAACAAAAGAAAUAACAAAGCUGGAAAAAUACAACAGAAAAACACUCAACCGACGACAUAUCGGCGCCCGACAGGAAGUGAUGCCGAGGAAACACAGACACUGCGAAAGAAACCGGAUGACAGUAAGUCGAAGCGCAGACGCAUUUACGAAUUUGCCAGCGAUAGCGACGAUGAAGAUACAGCUACCGUAAUCCGUGAGGACGACUGUGCUUCCGAAAACAAAAACCGGCGACCCGAUACGGCUGCAUCAGUAAUCCAAAUUUCCCAAGUUUCGGAAUCUAGACUCUCCGUGCUUCACAAAACUUUAUCCCCUGGAAACCGUAAAACCUCCGCGGAACAAAUACGGGAUAAGGUUGAUACUCACAAAGCUAGACACAGUCGGCGGAGGUUAUCCAGCUCCGAAACGGACAGCACGGGUGAAGCAGCUGCGGAUUCAUCAUCAGUGUUUGAUCGAAAAUCUCCCGAAAAUGUGCCGGAUGCUGUAGCUGUCAAUCGUCAAGCAAAUUACUACGUUUCCCGCAACGGCAGGAAUAACGUUGUUAGCCGUGCAUCAUCCGAAGAAAUUCCCGAAACUCCUUGUAGAAUCAAUAACAUUGAAACAGAUCCGGAAGCGCAGACUUUCAGCAGCGUGGAGUCGCAAAGUAAUCGGUCUUCUGAGCACCGUUCCCCUUCUUCGUUGGAAAUCCCUUUGCAGCCGCCUUCGUUGGAAAUUCCGGUGCUUCAGCAGUUUCCGGCCGAAACUGAUGCAUCACCUGAGCACCGUUCCCCUUCUUCGUUGGAAAUUGCGGUGCUUCUGCCGUUCCCGGCCGAAACUGAUGCAGGUUGUCGGGCCGUUGAACCUAAGGUUAUUCGGCACGACAAGGGAUGCCAAACUGCUGCGAUCAAAGUGGCACAAUCGGAUCAAGCCUCACAGGCCACGUAUAUUUAUUUCCUUCAGCCGCAACCAGGCGUUUGCGCGACGAAUGUUCCCACCACAGAUCGAGCAUGUCAAACUGUACAGUCUUACUAUUUUAUGCGUGAAAACUGCUGCCAGACUAUGACACUGAUGGAUGAUGGCUACGUUCAAAAAGUGAUCGAACGCGUUGAUCGCGGCUCGUCGCCUGUUCGUUUUCCCGAAGACGAGGAAGAAGAAUCUUCCGCAAUCAGGACGACCGUACUUUAUCAAAUUUUUUCCGAGCGCGGAUUAAAUGAUUGCCCGGAUACCAGCACACCAGUUUUCCCGAUACGCACGAAAAAGGCAACACUGAAAAGGAAUCGAUCAGAAUAUCUAGAACUCUCAGAUGGUUUUCAAUCGAAUGCCGGCGUGAUGUCGCACGCAUUGCUUUCAGUUGGGAGGUCGCCAAUAAAUCCGAAACCUUCGGUUGUUGGGGACGUUUUACAACCCAGUCCUGAAGAGCCUUUUCGUCCUGCUCGUCGUAUCCGUUUAACAUCGCCUGAACCGGAUCCGGAGCUGUAUGACCUGCAUGUUGAUAAACCUCCGUCCGUUGACAAUUCACCCAGGAUUCAAACUCCAGAAACACCAAACUUUGCGUUCCAGCUUCUUCCGUCCCGGGAGGAGUUUAACAGAGCGCCAUUGUCGCCAACGCACGCCCAAAUGGAGGUUGAUGACGGCAUACUUGACGGUGCGGAGGAUUUCGAAGUCCAAGUUGAUGACGCUUCCGGAAAUGACCUUGCAGAGGAAAUUCCAAUAGUGAAUACAACGCCGGAUGUCCACAUGGAGGUUGACAGCAGACCUGACAGUGUGGAGCCUUUUCACAUGCAGGCCGACGACGCUGCAGAAAAGGAUGUUGCGGGGCAGGUUUCAGCGGUAAAUAUAUCAAGGGAUAGCGACGUUCCAGUGAGAGUUAAAACAAGAAACGAAUGUGUGGAAGAUGUUGGCGACGAUGUGGAGUUUUUCAGUGCGAAGAGCACGCAGUCAACCGGUGCAACGGUAUUCGAAUCAAUACCGGCCACGCAGGAAUCGGCUUCAUCAGCCAGAACACUGUUCCUGGGAAGUGAAUCUUCUACACCGCCUGAAGAUGGGCUAGGAUCGAAUAAACUGGAAGGGGAUGCGAGGAUGAUUGCGCAACUAGCGGAACAGCAUGGUGUUACUCCUAAAGAACUGCUCUACGCGGUGAUGACCGCUAAUGGAUCUCUCACCAAUGCGAUGGCAUGGAUUGUCCAAAAGUGCGCUGCGGGAUCUUCUGCCGACUCCGUGUCAUCGGCUAGUUUCGUGCUGGAUCGAGCAUUGCUGGAAGACCAUGUGGAGAACGUGAUGGAUGGGCCGAUGGGGCGUGCUCGCAGUCCGGAAACACUGAAACGGCGGGCGUCCUUCUUAAACGGCAACCGGGAAACCAUCGAAACCGACCUGAGUAAAGAGGGCACAACGAUGGUGGAUGCAUUGAAAGCCUUACAUGCAUGCCGGCCAGAUUUUUCUCCGCAGGAUUAAUGUUUCUUUUGCGUUCGAGAUUCGGGAAUGUCCCGAGUAAAUGGACAGGUUCAUAAAAACUAAUCGUUCCUCAUUUGCUGUAGUAUGUGUAUGUUAAAUUGUUUACUGGGUAAAUGUGGUUGUGAAUUCUCUUGAAUUUGGUUGUGAAUUGCUCACGUGCCUUUUUUGCUUUCUCGGUUAUCUGUAGCUGCGUAUGCAGUAGCAGCGUAUGUUUAUGCGAACGUUUUGUUCCUUUGCUGAUUUGCUCGCUGGAAACAAGGAGAUACAGCAGUUUUGCAUUAACUAGCUCUAAUUUGCAUU